UUAAAUAUGUUAACAAAAGAAAUUUAAGUCCAAAAAUUCAAACAAGGGUUUUUAAAAUUUCUUUACGUGGAAUAGGAAACAAAAUAAAAUUUACUAAAAAGAAAAUAGAAUGAAGCCGAUCCUUUUGUUCUUUUGUCUACUAGGAAUCAAAUUUGCAGAAUCUGGAUGUCAGUUUGGAGAAAUGGAAUACGCGGGAUAUCCAGUCUCUCCUUUUCCUAUCAGAAAGACAAUUGUGUUUGACAAACCUUUUGCAGAGCGACCUGCUUUUAUGUACGGAAUCAAAAUGUUGGAUGUCAACUUUGCUGAGAACACUAGGGCCGUAGUGGAACUGGAGCACUUAAAUAGGACUCAGUUUACUCUAAUCUUGAAGACCCUUCACGACACAAAGAUGUACGGACUCGGUGCGACCUGGAUGGCCUGUCCUUAACCUAGACUUGACCCAAGUUUUAGAAUACCAUACCUCAAAAAUAGACGAAAUCAUUGUACGUUGUAACGUAAUAUUUUGCAAUAUACAUGUAUAGAGUCAUGAUUUUUUUCUGUAUUGAAGUCUUUACUUGUUUAUUUAUAUAGUAUGCAUAUACUUACCGAUUAGAUAUCUUUGUUUAGAAAGAUAUACAUGUAUAUAAUACAGUUAUAUUUGAUUA